AUGCUUUUGAACACAUCCUCGCGCAUGCUUCGCCGCUCGAAUCCAAAAUGGCUAGAGCGUUUCUCCUCACCCACACUUUCGGUAACUCGAAACCUGCGCACAUCUUCACAAGAUGGCUCUACUACGCCCGUGCCAUUCCAAAGCCAGAAAACCGGAAAAGCCGGGUACCUUGUGGCAAAAGCGGACGAGGUGAUUAACUGGGCAAGACAAGGAUCACUAUGGCCUUUAUCAUUCGCCACAGCCUGCUGUGGAGUUGAGAUGAUGCAUACUUCAAUGCCACGUUACGACCAGGACCGACUGGGCAUUAUUUUCCGUGCCUCGCCACGGCAGUCCGAUGUGAUGAUUGUGGCCGGUACGGUGGUUAACAAGAUGGCUCCGGCGUUGAGGCUGCUAUAUGAUCAGAUGCCCGAACCUAAGUGGGUGAUUAGCAUGGGCAGUUGUGCCAACGGUGGAGGAUAUUACCACUACAGCUACAACGUUGUACGGGGUGUGGACCGCCUUGUGCCUGUUGACGUCUAUGUGCCUGGAUGUCCACCAACGGCAGAGGCCCUUCUGUAUAGUAUUUUCCUUCUUCAGAAGAAGAUGCGGAGGACGAAGGUAACGAGGAUGUGGUAUCGGCGUUGA